AUGUUUUCACAUAGAGAUACAUCUUUAAAACCACCAAAUACUCAUAACUAUUCUACUAAUUCUUACAAUCAACGUUUAUUACCUACAAAUCCUUCAUACGAUUCUCAUUACAGUUCAGCACCAAAUGUUGCUUUUUAUUUUGAUAACCAGACUGAACAACGACGUCUUUCUGAUGGUCCAUCACUUCGAUUAGCAAAUCAUAAUUUAUAUCAUCCGAGUGAAUUAUCUAAUGGUGAAUCAUAUAUGUUAAAACAAAAAAAUUCAUCACUUAACAUGCUUUUGGAUUCAACAAGUUCAAUGAUGCGUACAGCUUCAACAACAUUUCAUUGUCUUAUUGGAUCAGCACGUCGUGCAUCAUAUUGUGGUCAACCUGAUCCAACUAUACAGUUAUCACCACAUGGUAAUAGUGGUUCACUUUAUUUACUUCCAACAACAGCUAAUUCAAAUGAAUCAUCAUUAUCAAAUGCAUCACAUGAAGAUCACAGACGUACAGUGACUAUAUAUGAUGGUCGAAUUCCAGCUACACCAACACAACCAACAAUUCCAUUUGAACUUAUGACACCAAUUGAUCUUAUAACUCAAACAAUAGAAGAUCCAGUUGAAUCAUUUGUUCAAAUUGUACUUGAAGAACCUGAUGAUCGACCACCAAUAAUACAUUCGAUGUCAUCAUCAUCGUCAUCACCUCGAAAUUCAUCAUCAUCUCGACGUCGACAUCGUAGUAAUUCACCAAGAUCAUCAGCAUCAUCGUCAGAAAAAAAAAUAACUGAUACAAAAUCCUUACCAACUACAGAAAUAUUUAAUUCAUCAGAAACUUAUUAUCAACCACCAUCUGAUAUUUUUGAACCAAUGGAUUUUUCAUUUCUUGAACCUGUACUUCGAGGUGAAAGUGCUGCACCACCACCAUCAAAACAUACUCAAAAAUUACAACAAAUUUCACCUCCAAAUAGUUCAAUAAGUGAAGAUUCACCUAUUGAUAUUCGUUCUCCAUCACGUACAAUAACUAUUGUUACAGAUGGUUUAACAUUACCAGAAUUAUUCGCUGAUAGUAAUAAUGAUAAUAAUUUAACAACUAAUUCAAUUAUAUCAUCUUCUCGUUUAAAAGUACCAUCAUCAAUUGAUUAA